AUGGGUAAAAGCUCGACCACGGCAGUGGUGCGUGUACCGGAAACCAUGUCAUCGAGCAGCUUCAAGGAGCACACGGACACACUCAAUUUGGAGGUGCCCGACUACCUUCAGAUCAAGGACAUGGGCCUCGGAGAGUUCGUUACCUCGCGCGUCUUCCCAGUCGGUGGCUACGAGUGGGAGAUCAGGUUCUACCCAGGCGGAAAAGACCGGCACUGCGCCGGCAACGCCUCCGCGUACGUGUUCUGCCGCAGCCAAGUCACGGACGUGAGCACCCGGUUCACGUUGAGCAUGCUGCACACCAAGGGCCAGGUGCAGGUAGCAAGCUUCGACCCGAGGAAGCGCGUCUUCUCGCCAAAAGCAACGAGAUACAAUGAGUGGGGCCACCCCAAAUUCGUAGAGAGGGCCAAGAUGGAAUCGCUGUCGCAGCUCGGGGAAGGCUGCUUCACGAUACUGUGCGUCCUCACCGUCGUCAUGGACGAGCCACCGUCUCUGGAGCUGCCCAGCCACCUCGAGCGCAUGCUCGAGGACGGGCGGGGCGCCGACGUGACGUUCAGCGUGGCCAACCAGGAGUUCCGCGCUCACAGUUUUCUCCUGGCGGCGCGAUCGCCGGUCUUUGCGGCGCAGCUAUUUGACCUAAUGGAGGGUGUGCGGCGAGUGGAGAUUGCGGACGUGGAGCCUGCCAUAUUCAAGAUGAUGCUUCAGUACGUCUACACGGAGUCGCUGCCACCGUACGACGACGAAGGCGGAAACAACAUCAGGGUGAUGCAACAUUUACUGGUGGCAGCAAAUUGGUACGAUCUAGGAAGGUUGAAGCUGGUAUGCGAAGAAGAACUGCGCAAAAGAAUCGACUCAGAGAACAUCGCAACCGUGUCGGCGCUGGCAGAUCAGCAGCAGUGCAAACGCCUCAAAGUUGCAUGCAUGGACUUCAAAUCGUCACCCAAGUAA